GGCUCGUCAGUCGGUGGGGGUCCGCCAGGUGACGAGCAUGCCUGAGGGAGUCUCGGAGAGACCAAGCGUUGUGAACAAGGAGCGACGGCCGGAGUCUGCUGCCCGCCGUGGCGGCGGCAGCAGCAGCAGGCGCCUCCGGCGAGCCUCCGGUGGCCAGGGCCGACGGCGGCUCCGCCUCGGCGCGCACGACAAUGUCAGCCUAAUGGUGGUUGGGAGCUCCAGCAAAGACCCGGCACGCAGCCGGCCGCCGCCCCUCCACCGGAUUCCUAAUGAAUUGAGCCGCAAAGUGCGUGCAAUUAAGCCGAGUCAAUGGAAUGGAAGAUCCGACACCUCGACCCGCCCGCCGAGUACCGGCAGCGCAGCGCUCACAGCCCCACAGUGCCGGGGUGCUUCGGACGCCAUGGACAGGACCCGUGCUGCUGCCAGGCAUUUGAGCGUGCAUUGGGAAAACCUUUUGGCACUGUUGAAAAGACUGUUAUACUUGAGCGAAUGUGACGACUUAUCUGUAAAACCGAUUUAGGAGACGAAAAAUUGUGAAGUGACAACUAAUUUUUACAUGACAUUAGGUAAUGCAAGGCACCGCGCUUUUAUAGAAUGUAAUUUUUAUGGUCUCAUCAUUACAUUCUAGUUACAUUAAAAAUAUAAUGUGGCGUGGAAUAUUUUAAUUCCGGCCGAUUCCGACUGUCUUUCGGGCAUCAAGCGUUUUUGUUUCCUUUUGACUUUAAGCGGAGCCGAGAUAAGUUCACUCCA